AUGUCCUCCGACGCGACACAGCGCCCGCUCACCCCUCCCGACCCCCUGGACGACGAGCCCUCACCUGCAUUGGCCUCCUCUAAGAAUGAUGCGUCCGCAGUCGUCACAGCUCUCCAUGUCAUGUCCACCGAGCGCGCGGCCCUCACGCACCUCGAACACCUCUAUCAGACUGAUGCGCGGGCGCAGCAGGAUCUCGCCCGUGCAGUGGACUUGAUCGCGCGUACGGUGCGCGAGUCGGGCAAGUUGGUGGUGUGCGGGGUGGGAAAGAGUGGGAAGAUUGGACGGAAGAUUGAGGCGACGAUGAAUAGUUUGGGGAUUUACAGUGCUUUCUUGCAUCCGACGGAGGCGUUGCAUGGGGAUUUGGGAUUGGUUCGACCGAACGAUACGAUGCUUCUUAUCUCGUUUUCUGGUCGCUCGCCAGAGCUGCUCUGUCUGCUCCCAUACAUUCCUACGACAGUCCCUAUCAUCGCUCUCUCGUCGCAUACUCAGCCCGACGCAUGUCCCUUGCUUUCCCUGCAUGGUCCCCUCGGCAUGGGAGUUCUUCUACCGGCGCCUAUCCACGAAGAGGAGGAAGCUUCUCUUGGUGUUAGUGCCCCAACAUCAUCGACAACGGUAGCGUUGUGUCUCGGAGAUGCUUUGGCCAUCGCCACGGCACGAAAGUUGCACACUGACCCCGGAAGAGGCCCCGCCGAUGUCUUCCGCAGUUAUCACCCCGGAGGUGCAAUUGGAGCAGCGGCGGCGGCAGCAGCUGGAGCGACGCCAUCGACUACACCGUCCAGCGGGGCAUCCACGACGGUGUUCGAUUCUCCUUCUUCAUCGAUUUCCUUGCCUUGGGAAGAGCUCUCAAAUGGCUCGUCUAUCCCGCCAUUCACUCUCCAACAACCCCCAGAGCAUCGAUCAAUAACGUUAGACAUGCUCGUCUCCCUCGAUCAAAUUCCUACAGCGUCGGCAUCCCCGUCUAAAUCUGCCAGCGAUGUACGAUUACUGGACAUUCUCCUCACAGCCAUCCAGCAUCCAAAUGCCAAGUCAUGGGUCUUCCUAUCUGCCUCUGAACUUGUCCCGCCUCGGCGCAUCCGCUCUCUACUGUCCCGACAUACAAAUGUCGAUCUACGCGUGUCCGAUGCCGUGACUCAGGACUCUGACCAACCGCUGGCCGUACCCCGGGCCAAUUGGUUCCGGGUGGCCGAGUCCACCCCGCUGGCCGAGCUGCGUCGUAUCGUCUCCACAUCCCGAGAUGGCCCAGAUCCUAUAUCAGUUAUUGCAGUCAUGAAAGAUAUUACGUCUCCGGAAAGCUGUAUUGGAGUUAUGGAGGCAGAGGACCUUUGGACUGGAUAA